ACUUUCCACAAAGAGAGAACACACAGCUAGACGAAAGACGAAACGAACACGACGUUUAUUUUAAUUAUAAUUAUUCAAAUUGAAAGUUAAUUUGAAAUAUUUCCAACAUAAAUUUUGUACUACUGUUUAAAACAUAGCGACACAACUGGAUGCUGGGAAAUUGAUAUUUAAGCAAUUGCCGUUCCCAAGCUGCCUAAAAUAAUCGCUAGAUAAUCUAGCCUAGAUUUAUUUUUACUGGAAGGUUUGGGCUGGGGUCAAAUGUCGCCUAACGUUGAAUUGGAAGAAUCGGGAGGAGGUCGUCGUUGUCGUCGCUCAAGUGGUGUCGAUGGAUUGGUGGCGCAACGACCAAGUCCUGACAAAAGUAGCAAGAAGGAUAGUCCAACUCUGCGGGUUGUGGGUGGUUCACGCCGUACGACAAUGGUGACACCAAAGUUUAGGAGAACACCUGUGUUGACCACGCCCGGUAAGAAGACUCUUGAACCUGCUACAGCUGCCGGAAACGACGGGAAAGAGACGGCCCCAACGUCCAGUAAUAAACCGGAAAGCUCAUUUGCUGAUCAUAAGGAAAUGUGCAGCCGUGUUGCUAAAUCUUUAUAUUUUGCAAACAAGAUGCCAACCACUCCACGACCGUCGCUGCCAUUAACAAAACUGGCAGUUUCCACUUUCUCCAGACGAGCGAGACAAGAUACUCUCGACUUUCUGGAUUUGGAACAGGCUGCGGAAAUCGGAAGGAAUGCUUGUGUUACUCCAACUGCACUCAUUAUGGCCCUUGUCUAUUUGGAACGACUGUCAACCAAUAAUCCGGCGUAUCUUGGAAGUGUUAAACCAUCUGAACUUUUUGUUGUUUCAUUGCUGGUAGCAUCCAAAUUUAUCCAGGAUGAUGGUGAAGAACUGGGCAUCUUUAAUGACGAAUGGGCUACAUCUGCACACCUUGAACUGAAAAAACUGAACCGAAUGGAACUCCAAUUUCUUACUGCAAUUGACUGGAGAGUAAAAGUGGACCCGGACGAAUAUACAAAAGUCUUAGAGUGGUUAGAACGAGAAGUUUCCUUGGGGGAAGGGAAAGCCCGAGGUUGGUUUACAUACACGGAGGUUACUACUUUGCUGUCAUUCCAUUUAUUGUGGCCAACGAUAUAUCAACACUGUGUCAAGGUAAUAACAGCUGCCUGCAUGACCUAUGCAACUCUUCUCGCCACUCUGGUUACGACAUCAAUACUCGGUCCACACAUUUUCAUUUUGUCCAAAAGUUGUCUCAACACACUUACAACAACCGGACACUCAUAUCAGCCAUGUGCCGCCACAAAUUCGUCAUCAAACUCAUUCCAAACCUUAGAUCACUACAGGGACUAUCCACAAGCGACGGAUGAACAGCAAAAUAUGAUUGAUGAAGAGGAAUUGACGAAUCUCAACCAAGCCGAAGUUCAACUAGAGUUAUCACUAUUUAAUUUCGAAAAUGAGACCUACCUAAACAAACCUGGCAUUGUAAAGUCCAAGCUUCACAGCAAAGAAUGGAUAAGACCUGGAUUAACACAUUUUUUUCACCUUCAACCACAUACGGCCCAGAAGCCGUUCAACCACGGACUUGAAUCUUUGUUUACUCAGGAAAUCCGUCGAUUUUUCCAAGCCCAAAGGAAACAUCAAAAGACAAUUGAUGGCAGCGCACUUCAUAAUGACUGUAAGAGAAAAAACAUUGCAGUGACAAGUCGGAAAACAUGCUCAAUCUCAGACGCCAAAAAUAAUGACAGAUUUUCUCCUUUUGGGCUCAGUCUCCCUCAUGCUAAAUUGAUUCGUGUUUAAUUCGUAAACAUUACCAGAUUAUAUGAAAAAUAAAUAUAAUUUCUUAUCUAACAAAACAAAGAUAUUGUAUUUGAUACCAACCUACGUACUAAUGAUGAUAUCUAUGUAUCUACAUGCCUACCUUUAAUUAUAGAUUACCACCUACUUGGCCUCUUUCAAAAUUUUGUCAAUUUCCAUAAUGUCUUGAUAUUUCAGGAUUAAUAAAAAACUUUCUUCUAAACGAUUACAAACA